UGUUCAAGACAAAACGACACGCCUAUUCUCUCACAUGCCGGAAACUAGGACAAAGGUUAUUUAAGUGUUAACCAUGUCGUCUUUUCUGCUUGGACGCAUUUCAACAGUUAAAAGUGAAUUAACUUUAUCUUUAAGGUGCAUUUUAAACAGUCGGUUGUUCAGCAAUGGGUCCCAUGCCUUGUAUCAGAGCGGACCUCAGGCUAAAUUCUUCCCUCCGUCAGAGGGCUCCAUGCUGCUGCCAGGGACCUACAAAAACAAAGUGGCCUUCAUCACUGGAGGAGGCACUGGCUUGGGCAAAGGCAUGACCACCACACUUUCUGCACUUGGGGCAGAGUGUGUCAUUGCAAGCAGAAAACUGGAUGUUUUGAAAAAGACAGCAGAGGAAAUCACGAGUCAGACAGGAAAUAAGGUCCAUGCUGUCCAGUGUGAUGUGAGAGACCCCAAGUCCAUUGAGGCUGCUGUGGACCAACUGGUGGAGGUGGCUGGUCUCCCUGACGUUGUGAUCAACAACGCCGCAGGGAACUUCAUAUCCCCCACAGAGAAGCUGUCCGCCAACGCCUGGAAGACCAUCACCGACAUCGUCCUCAACGGCACGGCCUUCGUCACCCUGGAGCUGGGCAAGAGGCUCAUCAAGGCCGAGAAAGGUGCUGCAUUCCUGGCCAUCACCACCAUCUACGCCGAGUCCGGUUCUGGGUUUGUGGUACCCAGCGCAGCCGCAAAAUCAGGAGUAGAGACCCUGUGCACGUCUCUGGCUGCAGAGUGGGGACGCUACGGUAUGAGGUUCAAUGUGAUUCAACCUGGCCCAAUUCGAACAAAAGGAGCCUUCAGUCGUCUGGACCCGACAGGCAUGUUUGAGAAGUCCAUGAUCGGGAGGAUCCCCACAGGGAGACUGGGCACGCCUGGCGAGAUCGCUAACCUGGCAGCGUACCUCUGCAGUGACUACGCCAGCUGGGUGUCUGGAGCGAUCAUCAGGAUGGAUGGAGGGGAGUAUGUAUCCAUGGCCGGGGAGUUCAACGAGCUGACGAAGGUUACCAGUGAGCAGUGGGCAAUGAUGGAGGCCAUGAUUAGAGGCACCAAGGGAUCCUAGGCUGUGAAGUGGAGACGGGAAUACAAGACCUCCAGCCUCUGUGUUGUCUCACCUGUCCCGUCAAUCUGACACACACAUGCGCACUCACAUGCGCACACACACACACACACACACUUCCAGACCGUUUGUGCUCAACCUCAACUCAACCUUAUCUCAGAAACGACCUUGCGCUCCAUCAGGGCAGAUCUGUGAAGCUGUAUGUAACUUCAUGGUGUACGACAUGAUGCAUCAGUAGUAAUACACUAAUACUACAUGUUUUUUUACUUGAGGGUGCUAUUUGGAAGUGGACAUUAAAGGGUUUUACAUUUUUGGAUUGUUUCAGAAGAAUUAAGAGCAGGACCUCCUAACCCCGUGUUACCCGAGUGUGUCUAUGUGGUUUAAGUAUUACAGAACUGGGAGUGAACAUCAUACUGUUGUAAUUAUGAAGAUGGGUAAUGAUUAUGGACUUAUGAAACUUGUAAUCACUU